UGGUAGCUUUCGGGUGUGCAGUGCGUUUCCUAGGUUAGGUUUCUCCGUCGUGACUGGUUAGCGCCACAGACAUCUUCCUCCGGGUUUCGCGCUUGUUGGCCUCUGACGCGGGGCUAUCCGUUUUCCGCCCGGCUCAAUCUUUGUUACCAUUAGUCCCCUCUGUACGCUGAGUGAUGCUGUUACGGGGCUCCGGAACCGCGGGACCGUGGGGGUGGCUGACGCUGCUGCUGGUGGCCUGCGCGGCACGGGCAUCUGAGAUCACUUUUGAGCUUCCUGACAACGCUAAGCAAUGCUUUUACGAGGAGAUUGUUCAGGGCACUAAGUGCACCCUCGAGUUUCAGGUGAUUACUGGAGGUCAUUAUGAUGUUGACUGUCGGUUGGAAGGUCCUGAUGGUGCUGUAUUAUACAAAGAGAUGAAGAAACAAUAUGAUAGCUUCACAUUUACUGCAUCCAGAAAUGGAACAUACAAAUUCUGCUUCAGCAAUGAGUUCUCUACUUUCACACACAAAACUGUGUACUUUGAUUUCCAGGUUGGAGAAGAUCCACCACUGUUUCCUAGUGAGAACAGAGCAACUGCACUUACUCAGAUGGAGUCUGCGUGUGUUUCAAUUCAUGAAGCUUUGAAGUCUGUCAUUGAUUAUCAGACUCAUUUCCGGUUGAGAGAAGCACAAGGCCGCAGCAGAGCAGAGGAUUUAAACACAAGAGUAGCCUAUUGGUCAAUAGGGGAAGCAAUCAUUCUUCUUGUAGUUAGUAUUGGGCAAGUAUUUCUCCUCAAAAGCUUCUUCUCGGAUAAAAGAACCACAACAACCCGUGUUGGAUCAUAACUGGUAGUGAUAAUGCUUCAGGUCAUUGUGCUAUUCACUUGUGAAAUUACUGUUCUCCAAUUAAUUGUAGGUACAAAGGAACUAAACGUGAAACAUCUAAAUGUCUACCCCUCAUUGAUUAAAAUCACAAAACAUACCCCAAAAGUUAUGAAAGGGACACCCAAUUUGAAAUAUAGAGUAAACUUAAUGUUUUCUGAUACUUGUAUUAAGUAUCUGGCAAUGACCAGCCUCUCUUUGGUUUUGCUGAUUUUAAUCCAAAUUGAGUUUGACUCUACCAAUAACAUUACCCAUCUGUGGUAUAAUGCUUUAAAAGAACCCAACAACGUAGUGUCUGAUGUGAAAGACAAUACUCAUGAAAACUUGAUUUGACUUUAAUUUUCAGGUUGAAUGUAUUGGAUUAUAAACAAGCUAAUGUGAUGAACUGUAGUUGCAAGAUGUAUUGCACUGUUUUGAUUUGCUGUAACAAAAAAAAAAAAUUCCAGUCAUAUCCUUUGCUUAUCUGUAAAACUGUUGCAAGCUUGAUACUACAUGAUGGUGCAAAUUCUCCACCUGCCUGGUUGUCAUGGUUUAAGCCCAGCUGGUAACAAAGCACCACGCAGCCGCUCGCUCGCUCACUUCCCCCCCCCCCGGCCAUGGUGGGAUGAGGAGAAAAUAUAAAGGCAGGCUUGUGGGUCGAGAUAAGGACUGGGAGGGAUCACUCACCACUUAUGGUCACGGGCAAGAGACAGGCUCAACUUGGGGAAGAAACAAAAUUAAUUUAAUUUACUACCAAUCAAAUCAAAACAAGGAUAAUGAGAAGUAAAACCAAACCUUAGAACACCUUCCCCCCGCCCCUCCCUCCUUCCCGGCUCAACUCCACUCCCGGUUCUCUCUACCUCCUCCCCCUGGCGCCCCAAGGGAACAGGGGAUGGGGUCAGCUUGCCACACAUUGUCUCUGCUGCUCCUUCCUCCUCAGGGGGAGGGCUCCUCACUCCUCCCCUGCUCCACCGUGGGGUCCCUCCCACGGGAGACAGUCCUUCACGAACGUCUCCAACGUGAGUCCUUUCCGUGGGCUGCAGUUCCUCACAAACUUCCCUGGCGUGGGUCCUUUCCACAGGCUGAUCUUCAGUCACACACUGCUCCAGCGCGGGCUUUCCCAUGGAGUCACGGCCAUCUUCGGGAGCCUCUGCUCCCCCACUCACCUCCAUGAGCUACAGGGGGACAGCCUGCCAUCUCACCACGGGCUGCAGGGGCAUCACCUCCUCAGGCACCCGGC